AUGAAGUUGUUGACUGUGUUCCUCCUGGUUUCCUCUGCGGUCGUUCAGGCCAGUGCAUGUGCUUCUGGCUGGACUCUGAUCUUCAAUCGCUGCUUUAUCUAUGUUCCCAAUUACAUGACUUGGGCGGAUGCAGAGAAAAACUGUCUGUCCAAGGGGGCAAACCUUGCAUCAGUUCACCACCUGAACGAGUACCGUCAGGUUCAGGCUCUGAUAGCUAUAGCAGGUCACGGGUUCAAAGAAGCAUGGAUUGGAGGCACUGAUGCACAGCAGUGGGGCACUUGGUUGUGGAGCGAUGGAAGCCCGAUGAAAUACACAAACUGGUGUCCAUGGCAGCCUGAUAAUCAUUUUGGCUCCCAGCACUGCCUACAGAUGAACUAUUCAAGUAAAAAGUGCUGGGAUGACAUGAAGUGUACUCACAGAAACCCUUCUGUCUGCGCCAAGAAGAUCUGAAAAAAAGGUUCCCAAAGGGGCCUGAUGUGUAAAACAGAACCAGUGGAGGAUGAAUGCUAGGAGUUUCUGUUUACCUGCCAUUUUGCAACUUUAUAAA